AGCGUCGAGGAUGUUUUCUGACGCUGACGGAUAUCUCACUGUUUCACGUUUAUAUACUUGAACAGAUGAGUAUGUGACUGAGAAACGAAUCACACAGUUCAACAUUUCUGACUGGGUGUGUGUAGGAAUUACAAAACCGAUCACAGAGCAGAUCACCGAACAUCUCUGAACAAGCUGUAACAAGAAUAACCUGUUGUCUGAAUGCCCAUAAUGGUUUCUGGAGUUGUACGCGUUGUCCUGUUCUCGAUCCUUGGUAUAGGAGGACUUCUGACGCUGUUUGUAAUGUACUUUCAAUCAGCUCCAUCUCAGAUCUGCCCUCCCCAGCCUGCUUUGCCACGUCAUUACUCAAAGCCAUCUGAGAACAGCUCCUUGUCUAAGAAGCAGCCAGAGCCAGACAAGCCCAUCAUGCUGUUGUGGUUCUGGCCUGAAAACCGCAGGUUUGAUUUUAGCGAUUGCACCACUUUCUUCAACAUUGAUGGCUGCCAACUGACAGAUGACCGGUCUUUGUACAACAAGGCAGAUGGGGUGCUCAUCUUUCACAAAUCCAUCAAACAUGAUUUAUCCAACUUGCCUCCAUCACCUCGACCACCAUUCCAGAAGUGGAUCUGGUAUCAUGUGGAAUCACCUACAAACACAAUUAGAAUACCUGGUCUAGAGAACCUUUUCAACUUGACCUUGAGUUAUAGGGAAGAUGCAGACAUCCCUGUACGUUGGCGCUUAACUGCAAGGAAAGGUCAGGGUGAGGACUUUGUGCUGCCCAAGAAGGAUAAAUUAGUUUGCUGGAUUGUGAGUAACAAUAACCCUGCAACUGGAACAGCCGUAAGGGAUAACUAUUACAGAGAACUUGUCAAACAUAUUAAGGUGGAUGUCUAUGGAAAAGCCUUUGCAAGAUUCUUGAGAUAUGAGGACUACUUCUCAACACUCUCCAGCUGUAAGUUCUACCUCUCCUUUGAGAACUCAGUCCACAGAGACUACAUCACUGAGAAGCUUAAUGGACCACUUGCAGCAGGAACAGUGCCAGUAGUAUUGGGCCCACCGAGACAGAACUAUGAGGACUUUGUCCCGGGAGAUUCCUUCAUCCAUGUUAAUGAUUUUCCCAAUGCAAAAGCCCUGGCUGAAUUCCUCCUGAAGUUGGACCAGGAUGAUGAGGCAUAUCUGCGCUACUUUCAGUGGCGUAGAAACUUAUUUGCUCAGCAACAUCUAAUUCAACUGAGUCAAGAGUUCAUCCAAUCUAUUUGUUAUGCCUGUGACCAUAUAGGUAAACAUAAGGAGUACAGGGUUGUUCCUGAUCUUUACAAAUGGUACUUGGUUUAAUUAGUCUCUUCUGAUUAGCUAUUACCAUCACUGGUGUACCCCCCCCCCCCCAAACCCCAAACACAAGUUAUGAACCAUGACUAAAAAUGUCUAUAAUUACAGGAAAUGAACUGUAAAACUGCAACGUUUUUGCACAGCCUUAUGGCAAAGUGUGUAGAAUCGCACAAAAUUUUUACAAUUCUCUCUAAAAAUGUAAAAUUCUCUUGCAUGAGAUUACCUAUAUAACUUCAUAUGUUUUUGCGAAACUGCGGUAGGCCACUGAUUAACAUCAUAUUGUCUAUAUGCGUAUUUUUCUUGUGGAAAUCUAUUUGUAGAAUGUACUACUCUGCUGUACAGACCCAAGUGCAUUCAACCUCCUUGCGAUACAUUGAGUUUCAUUGUAGGUCUAUUUGGCGGGGAAACAGUCAAGCCAGCUGAAGCCUAUUGCCUGUUUCUGUUCAUUAGUCUUUUUUUAGUAAAGUAAAACAAUGCUAUGUCUAUUUGUUGCUUUUCAUUAAAUCACGUAGCUGUUACUUAGGCUUUGGUCUAAAAUAAAUUCGUUUAGAAGGGCAGAUUUUAAGGCUUCUAUGUGAUAUUAUAGACUAACGAAUUUAUGAAAAUAAACCGUUCCUACGGAAAUAUUCGGACCUCGCAAAAGGCGACAUUUUUUCGUUUCAAUUAAAAAAAUAUACUCACAUGACAAUAGAAAUUGUGAUUUUUAUAGACACAAAUUAUGAAAGCGAUGGAGUCCGUCGGUUACUAUGCUCUCACCGUCAUCAAUAUCAUUAUUUACAUUAUUGAAAUUCACCAAAUAAUUUUGUUUAUAAACCCACAAAUGAAAACAUUACGGUAUGUGUAAAGAGACAGUAAAAUAUUAUAUUUCUCAGAAGUUAUACGUGUGUCAAAUCAUUCCUACACCAACAUUGUUUGAGAUGGGUGUGAUUGGUACAUCUCUUCCUCUUCAAAUGCAUUAUGUGUGUAGGUUUGAGUGAGAGGCAGGGAAGAAUGCGCAAGAGAGAAAAUAGAGAAGGGAAGUGUCUGAUGAAUCGGAAAUCAAGGGUUUUGCACCAAAUAUCAACAUUUAAAGGGGUUUAUACUCUGCUUGUAAAGUUGCAUCUGUGCCACGGACUUAGUCUGGCUUUAAAUGUCUUCAAAUUAACGAUUGAUAUGUUGGAUUCACGACUCCAUCUCAACGAAAAAUGAAAGAAUAGGGAUAAAUCAAAUAAACUUUAUUUCAAGUUUGAUUUAGUUAUAUUAUUUAUCUUGAUUUACUUCUUCAAUUGUUUAUAUUUGGUUGCAUUGACAACCAAUCACAAUUCAAUAUAAUUUUUGAAAUACAUAAAUAGCCUAUUAACGUCUCCAAUUUAACCCAAAAUGUUAAAGAAUGGGAUUAAGCCAGAUGGAACUAUCCAAGCUGUAGAUACUGUAUAUCUCCUUUUAAAUGUUGAUUUUUGUUUACGUUGUCAAGUAAACACAAUUCUAUAUUACUUUUGUAAUCUAGUAAAUAGCCUAAAGUUAAGGCUGUCUUACAAACUAAUGUAACAUUCAACCUUACAGUGAGGAAGACAUCCAUGGCCACAUUGAGGUUUCCCGGAACUAUACACUAUAGAGUAAUAACGCAUUCAUCUGUUUUAUAAAUCAACACAUUAUCUGGCAUUGUUUUUCCAUUUAAACGUUUAAAUGGUUGAAAGCACAGUGAUAGACAUUUAGAUGAAAACUAAACCAAAAAAUCUGACAUUGUUUUUCCAUUGGAAUUUGGUUGUGCUAAUAGAUGGUUGAAAGCACAGUAAUUACACAUUAGAUAUUUAACUAACUUUUGGCUGUCUUUUUGAGUGUGUGAAUAAAUCUUCUAAUCUCAUUGAUCAACAUCACUCUCAACCAAAUAUUACCCAAUUAUCCAGGUGGAAAUGACGUGGUGUGCCCAGUGAGUAGAACCUGAAAGCAUUGAUGGAUUUGUUUGCUAAUCCUGCUCUUCAUAGUUCAGUGAAAAUGCCAAUGUUUACAAAUAACUUUCCUGACCUCAUUCGACAUGUAAACAAAUAGUUCCUGGUUUAUAUUAUAUUGUACGCUAAUUAACAAUGAGUUCCCCAUAUGGAAAAUUGACUGUAUAUCGAUAUUAGUACAAAAUAAAUUGAUAGACCUAAAAUGAGGCUGUAUAUCGUUAUAUAAAAUGUGCGACUGAGUGAAUGUUCCCUUUUCUGAUCACUUCCAUGUCUCCUUAAAGUCGAGACAGCUGCUUGUUUAUUGUCCACCAUCUCUCUACGUGUAGGGUACAAUAUGCAGCUUCAGCAUAUGGCGCGUGGAGAGAGGAAUUAUUAUUUAUUUUAUUUUGUAUUUUAUUAGGAUUCCCAUUGGCUGUUGCGAAAGCAGCAGCUACUCUUCCUGGGGUCCACACAAAACAUGAAAUAUGACAGAAGUUUAAUAGACAAGGUCAGCUCAAGGACAGAACUACAUACAUUUAAAAACGGCACUCAUAGUCUACACAUUGUUUUACCAUCAAUACAUACAGUGCAUUGUGAAAGUAUUUAUUCUCCUUGACUUGUCCCACAGCUGAAGUAAACAGUGUGAAACGGGUCAUGUGAUCUUCACACCUGGCCAAGAAUGUGUUCUUGCCUGGAGCUGCAAAACUGGUCAUACAAGUAGGUGUCAAGAUCAGGUUUCUAGAUCCCAGGCCAACACACUGACAAGGUUCUUUAUCUCAAAACUUCUUGGGGGGUUUCAUACAAGGAUACUUUAUGGAGACACACAGGGAAUGACACACAGAAAUGAUGGUGAAUCUGCUUGUAUUGUUCAAAGUAAUUAUGAAAGCGAUUGGUGGGGGUUAUUCACUGACAUGGGGUUGUUCAAUGACAGACAUGUAUUUGUUUAAAAUUUACUUGAUGGUUUCAUUUCAGAGAGACAAAUAAUCAUGUUACUUUUGUUGCAAAAUGUUAUAUAUGGUUGAUUUAGAAAUACAGGCCCUUUUGGAUGUUAAUUGUUUUUGAAAAUUAAACCUCUUUAAACUGCUUUAUAUCUAUCUGAAUAUUUUCUUCACUCUGUCUGGAAUCAAGAUCUAAUAGUGUCUGAGACCAUACUAUUUAAGAAUAUAAUUUUCUUUAGGGGGAAAUGUCAUUACCACCAUAUCAUAAAAUGUGAUAUUUUAGUUGAAAAGACUAUUACAGAAAUUGUGAUGUCGGCGUUGUAUAUAACAUGAUUCAUUUUUUUUUCAGUAUGUUUUUUUACUAUUUGGAAGUUUUCUUAAUAACAUGUAUUCUUCAUUGUCAUGUCUAAAUGUCCAUAUAUUCCUUGAUGCUACUCAGAAACAUGUAUUUACCACAUCAAAUAUGACAUUUUUUACAUUAUUUUAGGAAUUAUCUUAAGAACAUGCAUAUAAGGUUCACAUAUGGGAAAAAUCAUCAAUAUCAAUUGUAAUUGUACACAUUUUCCCUCAAAAAUAUGUACGUAAUGAUAAUGACUUAGCGUUAGCGUAAUGACUGUCACGACUUCUGCCGAAGCCGAUGCCUCUCCUUGUUCGGGCAGUGCUCGGCGGUCGACGUCACCGGUCUUCUAGCCAUCAUUGAUCCAUUUUUCAUGUUCCAUUGGUUUUGUUUUGUCUUCCUACACACCUGGUUUCAAUCCCAUUCAUUACCUGCUGUGUAUUUAAUCCUCUGUUUCCUCUCAUGUCCCUGUGAGAGAUUGUUUGUUGUUCAGUAUUCGUGUUGUUUGUAUUGGUGCGCGACGGGUCCUCGUACCCACUUUGUUUUUUAUUGUAUUCAUGGUUUUGGAGUUAUGUUUGUUUUGAAGUUAUUAAACAACUCCAUCCCACUAA